AGAGUGGUGACUUCUAUUAUCCUUUCAAAGUACUAAUUUCGCUAUUUUCUCGUCGCAUCUGGACAGAUUUAAAAGACAAAGUCAUUAAAAUUGUUUAAUCAGAAUGUAUUUUAAUGUGAUCUGCACAAUGAGUAAAAAUAAUUUUUAAAUUAACAUAGUAAUACUUUAAAUUUUUUGCUUUCAUCUCUUUUUAUUGAUUUUACUUUCACUUUCUUUGUUUUCCCUGUGCUUCUACUUGCUGUCUUUUUAUCUUACUUUUUAGUCUCUGUCUGUCUGUUUUUAUCCCCUAUACUUUUGCGUAUCCCUGACUGCUAUUCAUUCUUCUGUGGUCUUCUGUCUUUCGCCAUUUUGAAAACUUCCCGUAUUUUUUAAUAAACAAAAACAGUAGUGUUAACUGUAGUUAGUUAUACAUUUAUUUUAAUUCAAUAAUGAAGUUCCAAUACAAAGAGGAGCAUCCAUUUGAAAAGAGAAAGGCUGAAGGAGAGAAAAUACGUAAAAAGUAUCCUGACCGAGUGCCUGUUAUUGUCGAAAAGGCUCCAAAAUCUCGCAUUGGUGAUCUUGAUAAGAAAAAGUAUUUGGUACCCUCUGAUCUUGCUGUUGGACAAUUUUAUGGUCUCAUCAGAAAGCGUAUUCAUCUUAAACCUGAAACAGCUUUGUAUUUCUUUGUAAACAACGUAUUUCCCCCCUCAUCAGCAACCAUGGGAUCUUUAUAUCAAGAGCAUCACGAGGAGGAUUUUUUCCUUUACAUUGCUUACAGUGAUGAAAAUGUUUAUGGUUGACAACUGUCAAUAAAUCCCGAGUAAACCAGUAAAUAAGACGAGAAUGAGUACUUCAAAUUAAACAUUAACUGUUUGAGUGGACUACGUCGUACUUUGUCAUAAAUUGGUACAACUGCUUGCUGAGUGGUUAAAUAAAUUGACACAUAUGAUUUGAAGUUAUGUCUUGUAGAAUUGUUCUGACAAAAAUACUUUUUCAUUAAAAUUAUAUAUAAAGUAGAUA